GCUGAAGUGAAAACGAGACCAAGGUCUUGCUCUACUAAUGGUACUUAUGAGAUCCAGUCCUGGCAACAUGGAAAGGAUAGUCAUCUGUCUGAUAGUCAUCUUCUUGGGUACAUUGGUCCAUAAAUCAAGUUCCCAAGGUCAAGAUCGCCACAUGAUUAGAAUGCGUCAACUUAUAGAUAUUGUUGAUCAGCUGAAAAGUUAUGUGAAUGACUUGGACCCCGAAUUUCUGCCAGCUCCAGAAGAUGUAGAGACAAACUGUGAGUGGUCAGCUUUUUCAUGUUUUCAGAAGGCCCAACUAAAGUCCGCAAACACAGGAGACAAUGAAAGGAUAAUCAAUGUGUCAAUUAAAAAGCUGAAGAGGAAACCACCUUCCACAAAAGCAGAGAGAAGACAGAAACACAGACUAACAUGCCCUUCGUGUGAUUCUUAUGAGAAAAAACCACCCAAAGAAUUCCUAGAAAGAUUCAAAUCACUUCUCCAAAAGAUGAUUCAUCAACAUCUCUCCUCUAGAACACAUGGAAGUGAAGAUUCCUGAGGAUCUGACUUGCAGCUGGACACUAUGUUACAUACUCUAAUAUAGUAGUUAAACUUAUUUCUUGGUAUUCCAAGUGAAGGAGUACAAUAUAUUAGCGAUGGGAAAAAACACUCUUAAGUGUGCUAAG